GGAAGAGCGGUCUGACAGGGACGUACCAUUCUUCAACCACGGGGAAGUCAUGUAGAGACAAAAAAAGAAGCUGCAUUCAUUCUUUGAGCUGAGAGCUCACUGCCUUCCCCCGCUGCACGUUCUGUCGGUGAGCUGUUCCGAGGUGGAGGGGAGAGUUUGUAGGGGGGUUGAGGAGAGUAGAGUGUGAGCACAGCAUUUGAGAAACCAGCUGAUCAGAGCUGAGGUAUUCUGCCACAGAGACAGAGGGAGAGGGAGAGAGAGAGAGCGUGACUGGAAAAAAGAAUAAGAAGGACAGAGAAAGCAGCUCAAGUCUUUAUAAUUUUGAGAUUAGUGAUAUACAAAUAGGGCACUUUGAAAAUGUCUAGUUCCUUUCAUGGGAAACAGAAAACUGUGAGAGGGCAGAAGCUCUAUAGAAAGAUGUGAGAGCUGUUGGUAGGGUGGAAAUCUGAGGAAGAACCAGAAAAGGAUCAGUCAAGCCUUGGCUAUCAGUGAGAGCAAAGAGGGUCAAAGAACCCUGUGGAAUAAGGAGUGAUGUCUUGGCUCUCGCCAGUGUCAUGGGCUAAAUGGACAUGGACGGCGGUGCGUGGGGGAGAGGGUGAGGAGGAUGAAGAGGGGCAGGAGGACAGCGAGGAGAGGGAGCAACAUGGAGAGAGAGAAGAGGAAGAGGAGGAAGAGAGAUCUCAAGGCUGCAGCUCUGACUCAGAGGGUCAUUUUGACACUCCUGAGGCAGCAACUCCUGUCCGCGCCCCUCCGACCAUCCCGGGAGAGCUGGAGAACAACACCGAUGCAGACAAAACAGACUUGGAAAAGGAGGAGAACCUGAUAGUAACUGCUCCUGCCGGGGAUCAGGAUAUUCUGCUCAGCCAAAACAUGGGUCAGGAUGAGCCUGCAGUCCCCAUGGGUGGCCCGCUCGAAAUAAACAUCCAGACCCUAGAAGAAGAACAAACAGUGAAAUUUCCAGCAGAUUUGGGCUCUGUGCCUGCUCCUGAUUUAUGCUCACAGAAGGAAGUAGCUCCAUCCUCUGAGUCAUCCCAAGACCCAGCGACUCUCAUAGCAGCUGAUCUAAUCCCAGACCUAGCUCCAACUCCAUGUCCUGCUCCUUCCCUAGAACCAGACUCAAUCCAGAGCAGUGAACCUGCAGCCCUCUCAGUUCCAGAGCCCCCUGAAGAGAAACCUCUUGCUGAACCAGAGGCACAGUACAAUGGCCUGUCCAGUGAGGCAGAGCCUGUUCAAAAGAGUAAAACGAGGAAAUCCAAACCUCCAUCUCUGAAUAUGAAGUCCUCGCUGAAUGAGGUUGCUAAAACAAAUGAGGAAGAAGAGCUUCCUGUUCCCAAGGCCACAUAUAACUUUGACCCCAGCCUUCUAGAUGACAGUUUUAACCCCUUCAUCAGCGGUGGAUCCAAAAUCCAAAACUCUCCCCCACCAUGUGACCCGAGCUCUCUCCCCAGACUCGAGCCACUUGGUGAGGCCAGCUCAGAAGCACAAGCAUCCUUGGAAACGAUGGAGCCGUCAUCUGAGGUGAAGCCUCUGGUGAUGAUGGAGUUUGGUCUGGAUGAAGGACCAGUCAGCAAGCCUCCUCCAAAGAAACUGGGAGGGAAAAAGACAAUCAGUAAACUUGCGGCAAAGAAGCAGAGGCCCAAAGGAUCAGAGGCUUCCUGCAAACCUGCAUCAGAACCCACAGUGUCAGAAACACUUUCUCAGCCAGCACCAGAUCCAGUUCCCCAGCCUAUAUCAGAGCCAGUUUCAGAGCCUGAUGCAGAAGUCUCUCUGCCAGUUUCAGACUCUUCUGCACCUUUGAACUUGGACGAUAUUCCUAUUUCUAAGACAGGAUCAUAUAACUUUGAUCCCAGUCAGUGGGAUGACCCACACUUCAAUCCAUUUGGUAGCAAUAGCAAGGUGAGCAGCUCUCCAGUGCUUCCUAAGGGCUCCUACAGCUUUGACCCGGACAGUUUUGAUGAUUCUGCGGACCCUUUUAAACCUUCUAAAUCCCUGAGCAAUGAGGACACGUCCAGUAGCCCGUCUCUGCCAGAGAAAAAAGUAAAAGAAGGAGAGAAACAAAAGGCAAGGCAGCCUCAGGGGGAGAAGAAAGUGAGGCAGAUUCCCAAGAAAAACAAAGAGAGGACAAUCACGAAUUCCUGUAAAGUAGAGAAAUACGAUGAAAGCCCGUCCUUGGUUCUUGACGUGUGUAAUCAGGAUGAGGAUGAAGUGGUGGUACAGACCCCAGAGAUCACUCACCGAGUUCAUCAUGCCACCGAUGAGGAGAAGCUGGCUUCCACUUGCAUGAUGGGACAGACAACAGACAGCCAGCAGGAAAGAGAGGAGCCAGAAUGCAAUAAAGCACCUGCGAAAAAACAGCUAAGCAGUGACAGAGCCAUAAUGGAUGGUCCUGAGAUGAAGGCUGCAGACCAACUGGAGGAGAAGGACAGCUUCGGUCUGAAAGAUGAUAUAAGUGUGAUGUCCACAAUGACAAAGCUGACCAGCAGUGAGGCCCCUGACACAGCAGCCCUAUGCCAGGAUAGCGUGCCUCUAAGUGAGAUGGACAAAGCUGCAGUGCUAACCCUGAUCAGAGAAGAGAUCAUCACUAAAGAGAUUGAAGUCAAUGAAUGGAAGAGAAAAUAUGAAGAGAGCAGAGCAGAGGUUAUGGAAAUGAGGAAAAUAGUUGCAGAAUAUGAGAAAACAGUGGCCCAGAUGAUCGAGGAUGAGCAACAGCAGAAGACCCUGUCGUGUAGUAAGUCAGUGAGGCAGUUGACCUUAGAGAGAGAUCAGGCCCUGGCUGACCUCAACUCAGUGGAGCGCUCGUUUGCUGAUCUCUUCAGGCGGUAUGAGAACAUGAAGGGAGUCUUGGAGGGCUUCAAGAAGAAUGAGGAGGUGCUAAAGAAAUGCGCUCAAGACUACCUGAUGCGCAUCAAGCAGGAGGAGCAGCGAUACCAAACCCUCAAAAUCCACGCUGAGGAGAAACUAGAUAAGGCUAAUGAGGAGAUAGCCCAGGUACGUGCCAAGUCAAACGCUGAGAGUGUCGCCCUAAACGCAAGCCUGAGAAAGGAGCAGAUGAAGGUGGAGUCACUUGAAAGAGCUGUCCUUCAGAAGAAUCAAGAGAUCGAGGAGCUCACCAAGAUCUGUGACGAACUGAUCGCCAAACUGGGAACGGAAUAGGAGGCCUUUCAUCAGACUCUGUGGCUCUUAAUUGCUCCCUUCAGUUCGAGACUUUUCUCACAGCAACAUGUGCUUUAAAUCUUGUACGUGAUCAUAAAUUAGGCACACUGCAACUUCUGUGGCAUUUAUUUUAUUAUGCAGUAUAUUACUGAAAUACAGUAUGGUUGCACUUGCUCAUUUUCUCCUUUCAGACUGAACUAUAAUAAUAGUACAACACUUGUUUUAUUAAUUAUGUCAUGACCAUUGAAGAAGCACAAAAUUAUAAUAGGAUGUAAUGUUUUUAAGAAGAAGCUCCGUGAUUUGCUUCAGGAUUCGCAGUAAAGUAUCACCGUAUGCUUGAGAGAUUUCCCCAUUUUCAAGUGUUGUCUCAUCACGUUUCGUCUUACAAGGAUUUUCCGCCACCACACGCUGCACGUGUGCAGGAACUAAGGGAAAAGAUGACGGUGGCAGACAAGCAUGCACAUUUUUUGCACGAGAGCACAUUUAUACUGUAAUUAACUGUGUUAAUAAUGCAGUCUGCAGCAAAUACAAAUGUGUGUUGAGUGCCUAAACAGAUGAUUAUGUAUAGUUUUCAGAGAGUUUAAUUCAGAUUAAUUAAGUUGCCUUUCAGUUUGUUUGAUUUUUUUAUUUCAUGGGUUUGCACAGCAUGUCUUCAGUUAGAGAGGGUUUUUUAAUUAAACCACAGAAUCAAGACAAGGCAAGAAUCAUGUCUUAAAUUCAAGUGUGUAAUCAUACCUACAUCUGAUGAUACUUUGACAGUAAUGCAGCAAAAGCUGCUUUACUGUGGCAUGUUUCAUUUUCGAUUGCUCUGCAUUUGAGUGUGGAAAAGUUACAGUUCCCAUAUAAAUGAUUUUUGGAUUCUGUCCAUAUUUUCUUUAUGAACCAAAACAUUGCUUGUGCCUUUGAAAAAAAGAAGAAGAAAGAAAAACAGGUUGUUGUUGGGUUUUUUUUUCCUUCAUUCAUUUGUUUCCAAAUUGCUGGCAAAGUGAACUGUAGACAGUGUAUCUCUUUUAUGAUCAAACUGCAGUGCGUUGCAAUGGGUUUGCAGUUUCAGUGCUUUAACUGCGGCGACAGAUCAGCGAAGCCUGUGUUUUAUGAAGCAGAGGUUCAUCGUAUCUCUUUUUGCUGUUGUCAACAUUUUCUGGUCUGAUUUCACUCGAACGAGCGCACAAGUGCAUUUUUGGUCUUCUUUACAUCAGCACACUCAGUUGCCAAAUGUCACAGUAAAAUGAAGUGGGUUUCAGUGUGACUCCAUGUCCUGUUGUAGUGGUGUUAACAUGAGUUGUAAGGUGCUUUUCAAUCCAUAAUUAUAGUACACUGUAUGUAUGUUUUGUACUUUAUAAAAAAAGAGCAGUCAUAAUUUUGUUGCUAAUGUUUGUAUAAUUAAAGUAUACUCAGAUUGUAUGUCAACUGUUAUAUUUUGUGCAUUCUUUAAUAAAUGGUUAAGAUUUAAUAA